GCGUCGACGAAAUUACGCAUGCGCGGUUUUUCUUUCAGGAAACGGGCAAUGUUUUGGUUUUAACGCUACAUUGUCCACAUGCAUGGCUACGUAGACUGUCACUGUCAUAUCUCUGCGGGGGAUUUUGACAAGGACAUAGAGGAGGUGAUUGAGAAUUCAAAGAAGGCUGGAUUAUCGGCGCUACUAGCAGUGGCAGAGCAUGCUGGGGAAUUUGACAAGAUUAUUUCGUUGUCACAGAGGUUCCCAGGGUUUAUUUUCCCCUGUUUAGGAGUUCAUCCCGUUCAGUCAGUUUCCCCAGAACAGCAGAGGGGUGCAUCUCUCCAGGAUCUAGAUGCUGCCUUACCCAUCAUAGAGAAAUACAAAGACCACCUUGUGGCUAUUGGGGAGGUUGGUUUGGAUUUCACACCCAGAUUUGUCAGCAAUGAUACCGAUAAAGAGAGCCAAAGACAGGUUCUCAUUCGUCAAGCACAGAUAGCCAAGGAACUGGAUCUCCCUCUAAAUGUUCAUUCACGGUCUGCAGGAAGACCCACUAUCCACCUCCUCAAAGAGCAAGGUGUCGAAAGAGCCCUGCUUCACGCUUUUGAUGGGAAACCGUCUGUUGCCAUGGAGGGAGUGAAGGCUGGAUAUUUCUUUUCUAUCCCACCAUCCAUAAUACGGAGUGAACAGAAGCAGAAACUUGUGAAACAGUUGCCAUUAGAGAACAUUUGUCUGGAAACUGAUUCACCAGCCCUGGGUCCAGAAAAACAGGUAAGAAAUGAGCCAAAAAACAUCUCUAUCUCUGCUGAGUACAUCAGUAAGAUCAAAGGAGUGUCGCUGGAGGAGGUGAUGGAGGUGACGACGCAGAACGCUCUCCGACUCUUCCCAAAGCUAAAGUUGGCCAUCAGACCCUGACAUAGUCUUAAAAGUUUAUUUCAUCAGUCUUGAAUAUCUGGAGUAAUAUACCCACAGCUUUCUGUUACCAUUGUGAUCUUUCUAAGUAACUUUAUGUGGAUGUGUGAUUGAUACCCUGAAAUGUAAAUAAAUCAAAAAACUCAGGGUCAGUCAAGGUGAAAGCCAUUUAUUUAUCUCCAUUUACAGUAUUCUUAAAUAAAUGAAGAUGACUUAACAAUUUAACACACAAGUUAUAUAUUUUCCAUGUACAUGCUACAUCUGAAUCACCUGACAAUUCAUGAAACAACUUGUCAUGUAACUAAUACAGCACUUUACUGACAGCGGUCAUGGUCACACAUGCUGUAAUUCAUUCAUGUCAUUGUAAAUAAUUAUGACAUGUUUUCAUUUUCAUAUUGUCUUUCAGCUGAUCUAAGCAGAGCUGUGAUAUCAUUAGGUCAGUCAUCUCCCUGGUCAUGUGCACUAUUUAUUUUGAUGUUGUCGCUCUUUAUAAUUAAAAAGUGAUUCGUCACUCACAAACCAUCAGCUGCUAAUGGGCCUGCAUCUGUCACAAUUCACAGUUGUAUGAGGCAUUGCUGCUUUCAGGUGCUCCUCAAAAGCUCCCAUCUUUGAGUUCUGACAUUGUGUGAAAGCAAAGCUAACCAGCUGGUGGCUAGACAGACAUGAGAGUGCCAUUGAUCUUCUCCUGUAACCUUCAAAUAAACAGAUAUAUACAGACACACUUA